AAUUGUGUUCGCACGUGUUUUUAUUUAUACGGAUCAUAACCAUUUAAAAUGAAAGUAUUAUCAGAAGAUAGAACUCGAAUAUUAUUUGAAAAAUUAAGUAAAUAUAUCGGCGUGAAUGUAAAAUUGUUAAUAGACAGGCCAGAUGGGACUUAUUGUUUUAGAGAGAAAAAAGAUCGUGUGUAUUACAUAUCGGAACGUCUAUUGCAGCUUGCACAGACUGUCAACCCAGACCAUUUAGUAUCAGCAGGCACAUGUUUCGGAAAAUUCACAAAAACAAACAAGUUUAGAUUACAUAUAACCGCAUUGACUUAUAUAGCACCGUACGCUUCUUACAAAAUUUGGGUUAAGCCAUCUGCGGAACAACAAUUCUUAUAUGGGCAUCAUGUUUUAAAAAGUGGUCUAGGUAGAAUAACAGAGAACACACCGAAACAUCAAGGUGUAGUCAUAUACACAAUGUCCGAUAUACCGAUCGGUUUUGGUAUUACAUCCAGGUCGACAGCUGAGUGCCGGCAUGCGGAUCCAUUAGCUAAUAUAGCAUUCCAUCAAGCUGACAUAGGAGAAUAUAUACGUUCUGAAGAUACUUUAAUGUAG